AUGAUCACGUUGUAUAAAAUGAAUACAUUAACGUAUGGCAAUGAAGUUUCAAUAUUUACUUUCGAUGAAAAAGCGGUUUCUCUACUCGCUUAUUUAACAUUUAAUUUCGCGACGCCUCAGGCUUAUCACAAAGUUCUUCGCUCUCUUCCAAAACGUCGUUCGUCUUUCCUCUUCAACAACUUAACUCUAACACAAUGUAACGAAUCUUCUCUCGAUUUACUCAUUUUUAUCAUUUCAAAAUGUUCUCACGGUUCCAUUCGACAAUCGAUUCGACGAACCUGGGCUAAUCAACACUUAUUACAACAAUUCUUUCCCGAUCUUCACAUCAAACUAUUGUUUCUACUCGACAAUGAUCCACAAUCGACACCAAAACUCAUUCUUGAACAUCAAUUUUAUCAAGAUCUCGUUCAAGUCACUAAUCUUCCUGAACAGUAUGACUAUGUUACACAACGCGAAUCAGCUCUCUACGAGUUCGUUGUCAGUCGUUGUCAACAAACAAGAUUUGUGUUCAAAACUGACGAUGACAUUUUCAUCAACACAAUUCUCCUAUUAUCAAAAGUUCGAACGUUGAUGAACAAUGUCGAAAUGAAAGACAAAACGACAAAAAAGUAUCUAAUGUUUGGAUUUCCAAUCGAACAUGGCCUAGUUGUUCGUCAUAGUGCUGAUCUAGUUGGACAACGAUAUGUGAUCACAAAAGAUGAAUAUUCAUGUCCAAGAUAUCCCACAUUUCUGUCCGGUUUUGGUUAUUUGAUGACUGUGGAAACAUGUUCAUUGUUGUUCGAUGCUUAUGUAAGUGAUGAAAGACCAUUUCUAUUGUCCGAUGUUUAUUUCACUGGACUAUUGGCUGAGAUGAUGCAGAUUCCACGAAUGAAGAUCAUUGAAAACGUGAACUAUCGAUAUGAAAGUCAAUGUAAUGAAGAAUUCUUUCGUGAGAAAGAGAACAGUGCAUUGGCAUGUGCAGCAUCGAAUGAUCAUUUUGAUGUGAAACAUUCGAAAGGUGGUGAUCGAAGCUUGAUGAAUGACUACAAUCGUUACUGGACAAUGUUAUCGGAUCAAUAUGAUGUGCUAAGAAAUGACAAUGUCAAAUAG